UUGAGAAGUCGAAAGGUUUACCCAGGAGACGGAAAAGCCGGAAAAAGAUACGAGAAAUGCCUGCAAAGAAAAAACUUGAAGGCAAAGCUAAAGCCGGGAGUAUACCGGGGGAUACAGGAUCUGUGGCAACCGCGACUAUGGUUCGGCGCCAAAUGCCGCCGCGCGCCUGCAAGAGCAAGAGCCAGAGCGCCGCCAGGCCCAGUCUUAGUCCCAGCCGCCUGGCCAAGAAGCCCAGCCUGACGCCGACCACCGGUUCUCAGGCGCCAUCGCAGACCAUCGCAAAGUCGAGGCCCACCGGUCUCGAGACGAUUUUUGAACGGCCCGGCAAUGAGGACGACGGGCCCACCAGCAGCCAUGCCGUGGCAUUCGGCGAGUGCCAGCGCCGCGUCCUCGCCCUGGGUACGGGCGAAAAAAAAAGAACCCUGUCGCAGAAGAGCUGCCUGAAGGUGCGCAACACCUUGGGCGAACGCAGCACCCGGCACAUGAUGACACUACGGGCGUCCCGCACUACUUUGGACAGCGUAAUGCUCGGGGGCUCGGACGAUGAAGGCGAGUCGGUCGGAGUCGCUCCCGCAGUCGCUCCCGUAGCUGCUCCCGAAGUCGUUCCCGCUGGAGGAAAUGCCGGUACAAAUCAGCCGGCACCAUUCGUGCUGCGCACCAGCAGGAGGCUCAAGAGUCUGCCUCCGUUUUAGAUUGUUGCACCUUCCACCCUCCAAAUGAAAGAAAAAGAAUAAAGAAAAGAAAAGCAAAGAAAAGAAAAACCCUCUACAGAAUGUCUCUUUUGCUCUCAUU